ACGGACCGACUACUGACUUUUUCACCUCAUAAAUCAGGAGGGUUCAGUAUUUGACAGGAUUUUAACGGAAGCGGAUCCCCAGAACGGAUAAUUUCGUUUCGAUUUGGAUGACUUGAUCUCAAUUGAUUAUUUCAAACGAUUUCAAAGUGAUUGCCCCACCAUCAAAUGGAAGGAGAAUACGAGUGGGUUGCCGGUACUGCAAUAGUGGACGAGUUGGGCCGUAAGAAGGCUGAACGUGAGCGGCUGAACACGGUAACGGAAGAAUCGGCAAGUGAAACCAACAUGGUUCAUCUAGCUCCAGGAAAAGCGCGCUCGAUGGAUCCCAUUCACACAUCACCAAAGCUCACGCCGAAUGUCAGCUUCGCCUAUCAACCGAACAGUCGACGAGCUACGGGCAACAGCAUCAACUCGGAAGAUCAGUCCCCGCUGGACCCGGGUGGCUCCCGACGACCUUCGAUGUUCAACGGCUUGCCGCGGAUGUCGCUUAGCUUGCACAAGAAACAGCUGAUGGAGUUCCUACAAAAGCAUGGCAGUAAACUUUCGUUGAAUCACAAAGACGAAACCAAAGUGGUUCCCCCAGCGGUGAUAAAGAGUCGAAACAAAAACCGUGCGGUAGCAGAAGAUCAAAUCAGUACCGCGGUGUCGGCAUUGUACGCCAAACUUCUUAUAGUACUAGGCAUUGCGUUUCCUGUGACGGAUGUCGUAACUGAAAGAGCACCGCAGAACUUCUACCAGGGCUUCUACUUGUAUCUGUACGCACUCAGCUUCUGUUUCACAAUGUUCCUUUACGUAGUUCAAUACCGUCACAAGGCCAAGCUGAACUACAUUCUGGGCCAAUACAAUGAACCCGGUAGCCAUAUAGCGGAAGAACUCAAGCCUAAGGAACAUCGACUUGGGUCCUUCUACCUGCGAGUCGGAGCGAUUGCCUUCGGAAUUGGUAAUAUGGUAUACGCGGGGCUUGAGUUUGGCCAAUACUUUGAGUUAAAACGCGAUGAAAGAUGUCAAAAUGUUCUAAUUGCAUUAAUUCCGGCCGCUCGAAUGGCUCUGUGCAUUGUGCAGAUGCACUUUCUGUUCUUCAGUAGCGUUUCGCAGCGGCACAUGAGCCGGCACAAAUUCAUUUCCCGCUUCGGACUGAUGCACAUGCUGGCCACCAACCUGUGUGAAUGGUUGUACGUGAUUAUCGAAGAGGCCAAGCACGAGAUUGUCCACAUCGCACACGAGGGGAUAGAGCAGCACACAGCAGCAGCAAUGGCAGACAGCACCGGAUUCGGCUCGAAUCCAAUCACACCAAAUGCCACCCGACACCAACUGAGCAAACGUGAUGUGGUGACUACACCAACGCUGCACGGCUUUGAGUGCCACCGGACCAACAUAAUGGGUUCUUUGGUACAGAACGCGGCCCCGUUCUUGUUCCCCUGCACCAUAGAAUAUUCGCUAAUUUGCGCGGUCAUUCUGUACGAGAUGUGGAAGAAGCUUCGGGAAAGUGGCCAUGGAGGAAAUGGCUCGCGUAAAAGCUCCCGGAAAAGUCUCACUGGAAAAAGUGCCAAUAUGCUCUCGAUCGACUGCUCCAAUGCCCAGCGGGGAAUGUUCGCAGGCAUUCUGGUCAUCGUGCUCACCAUCAUCGUCCUGAUAAUGUACUUCGUUCUUCAAAAGCAAAAGUACUUUCAACGGGUGGCGACCAUCGAAGUUACUGUGAGCGAAAUCAUCCUCUACACGAUAACUACAAUCGCCGUUGUCUGGGCCAUGUUUCAAAUGAGAGAUUUGAAAUUUUCCCAGAAGAAGGGCGAUGCCGGAAUAAGCUUGGAUUGCACUCUUCUGGUUCUGGCGCAGAUCGGCAUCUACAUUUACUGCAUGUUCAGUAUAAUCGGAACUUUCUUUUCGAUCGGCGUCUCAGAGCACGUUACAGUUUACUCGCUGGUAGCGGAAAUAGCUUCACUCCUGCAGACGUCGCUUCAAACAUUAUUUGUGAUGAACGCGUGGUGGCGUCGUUGCAAGGGCGCCAAACAAAACAGGGCUAAGCCAGGGAGAGAGAAUAUUACGUUUUUGUUAAUUACCAAUAUGUCCUUUUGGAUUAUCAACACGUUGAUUAAAACCAAUGCAAGUUUCCGCCCGACGCUGAUGAACUUUUAUGGCGUCUGGGCCUGGACAAUCAUCACACAUGUCUCGAUGCCGAUGGCUAUAUUUUAUCGAUUUCAUUCAACAAUUUGUCUUUUCGAAAUAUGGAAAAAUACUUAUAAAGUAAGAUACGACCACAAUUGAAGAAUAUGAUAAGACUAUAGCUAGUCAAAAGCAGAAAAUGUGAUUAAUGGGAUAGGUUACAAUUAUGUGCUACUAAGUAGUACAUGUAUUAUAUUAUAAUCAAUAGGAACAAAUAUUUUGUUAUUAUUCGCUAUCAUAGAGAA